AUGGCGCCCCUCCCCACCUUCGAUUUCAACGUCAUGACAGACCCCCGUCCCAAAGACACCACCCUCCCCGCCUUCAUGGUCUCCACCUCGCGCGGCUUCCUCCCCCGCACCGACCCCAUCGUCCACCUCCCCACCGAAUUCGCCCCUCUCGAAUCGCUCUUGACCCGCAUGCCCAUCGUGACGGCUUCCGGCUCACCGGGCCUACUAGCCACCGGCGCCCUAGGCGCCGCAGUCCGCGACGAACUACCCGACCUGAGCAACGCGAUCGAGAAGUACCGCGCCGACCUCCCGCUCAUGAACGCGCUGUACCGCGACUACUCGUUCCUCGCAUCGGCGUACCUGCUCGAGCCGUGCCAUCUGCGGUUCAUGCGCGGUGAGCCGUACGGGUUGGGGCGGCAGGUGCUGCCCGCGGCUAUCAGUUUGCCAAUCGUGAAGGUUGCUGAGAUUGCGGGCUUCAAGCCGUUCAUGGAGUAUGCGGGCUCGUAUGCGUUGUAUAACUACCGCCUUGAGGAUCCGAAAGCGGGAUUGGAUUAUGAUAAUUUGAGACUCAUUCGGGCGUUUGAGAAGGGGUUGGAUCCGACGUCUUCUGAGGCGGGCUUUGUGCUUGUGCAUAUUGCUAUGGUGAAAAAUUCUCCGAAGUUAGUGCGAGGGACUGUGGAUUCGUUGAACGCGUGUUUGGCGAAGGAUCGGGAGGCGUUUAAUGAGGCGUUUAGGGAGGUCGUGGCCGCGUUGACGGAGAUUAACGAGGUGAUGAAUAUUAUGUGGAACAAGAGCAAACCUGGCAGCUACACCUCCUUCCGCACCUUCAUCUUUGGAAUCCAGAACCAGUCCAUGUUUCCGAAGGGUGUGGUAUAUGAAGGCGUGCGCGACGAACCGAUGGAGUUUCGUGGCGAGUCUGGUGCGAAUGAUAGCAUGAUUCCCCUCUGUGACAACCUCUUGCAGAUUACUAUGCCCGAGACACCUCUCACAGACAUCUUAAAGGACUUCCGUGCCUACCGCCCGGGCAACCAUCGUGAUUUCCUGGUCGCUGUUCGCGAUUGCGCUGAAUCUGCUUCUCUGAAGAAGUUUGCACUCGCGGAUCCAUCCAGUGCAGCAUUGUACUUGUUCGCGCUGGAUCAGGUGCGAGACUUCAGGUGGCGGCAUUGGUGUUUUACUAGAGAAUAUAUUCUGAAGCGGACGGCGCACCCGACCGCGACCGGUGGAAGUCCGAUUGUUACAUGGCUACCGAACCAGCUUCAAGCCGUGCUUGCGCAGAUGAAUGAGGCCGCAGGUUACUGCAAGGGUGUUACCGGCGUGCAAGACGUGAUGGACGUAGCGGACGCUCAGGCUGGAAGUUUGAGGAAGGAGGUUGCCAAGUACUGUGGUGAGAGGGUCAAUGAUUCCAGCAACCGCCCUUCCGUCGCCGCCCUUUUCUUCCUACGCCCUUCUCUGCAAAAGCCUCCUAAUUCGCACGGCCACAGCAAAUGCUCAACAGCUUUAAUGCUCCUUAAAAUCAACAAAACAGAUAAUUCUAAGCUUCAAACACAUUCUCAUCUUAACCUCAUCACCUCAGACUCACUUCAAAUAUUACUCACACCCAUUCCUCUGACUCACACGGUACGAGCGACUAUGGCGAGCAAAGCAAAAGAGAAGGAGAUGAAGCAGAGUGCGGGUGAGAGGCGGAAAGGGGAGUCGGCCCUCUCCGACUUCGCCGACUUCGUCCAGAAACAACAGGCCCUCCGCCAGCCCCCGGGCACCGCUCCUGCUUCUGCGUCUAAGAAACCAGCGGAAAUCGAAGAGCAUGAUGAGCUAUCUAUACUUGAUACCCUCAAUCUCGCUGAUUCCGCGCCCCGCGUGCACCUUCGCGCCCUCCUGCUCUCCGCCCCAGAGGAUGAGGAGUCUACAACUGCCCUGAUAGGGUAUGUGAAAGGACGGUUAGUUGAGGGACAUGGCGAAGCGUUGUUUGACCUAGGGUUGGAGGACAAUGGGGACUCGAUGGAAUUUACGAAAGAUGAGUGGGGGAAAGCGGUGCUGAGAGUAGAGGGGGCAUGUGAGGCUGUGAGAGUGGACUAUAAGGUACUCAUGACACGGAAUGUGGGAGAGGAGGGGGAGGAGGUGGAGGUUGGACCAGGGGCAUUGAAAGAGAAGGGGUGUUGUGGGAAGUUAGUGCUGAGGAAGAGACCGGAGAGUGUGGAUGAUGUUAUUGAGACGAGGAUAGCUGUGGUGGGAAAUGUCGACGCCGGAAAGUCCACUAUGCUUGGCGUGCUGGUCAAAGGCGGCCUGGACGAUGGGAGGGGAAAGGCGCGAGUCAACCUGUUCCGGCACAAACACGAGAUCGAGAGUGGACGGACUAGUUCCGUGGGCAUGGAGAUCAUGGGCUUUGAUAGCAAAGGCGAGGUUGUGACUUCGAAUGUCGCGGGGAGGAAACUCACUUGGGAGGAGAUCGGGCGACGCUCUGCCAAAGUCAUCAGCUUCACCGAUCUUGCGGGCCAUGAGAGAUACCUACGGACUACCGUCUUUGGCUUGUUGAGCAGCGAGCCCAAUUACUGCUUGCUCAUGGUCGCUGCUAAUAACGGGCUGAUUGGUAUGAGCAAAGAGCAUCUCGGAAUCGCCCUAGCCCUCAACGUCCCCGUGAUGGUCGUCAUCACCAAAAUCGACAUCUGUCCGCCCCAAAUCCUCGAGCAGACCAUUACGCAAGUGACCAAAAUCCUUAAAUCCCCUGGUGCCCGGAAAAUCCCAAUCUUCGUGAAAAAUCGCGAAGAAUGUGUUAACACUGCCACUCAAUUCGUCUCCCGCCGCAUCUGCCCCAUCUUCCAAGUCUCCAACGUCACAGGCACAAACCUCGACCUCGUCCGCACAUUCCUCAACAUCCUCCCGCACCACGGCAACUACAACGCCGACGCCGCCCUCGAGUUCCACAUCAACGACACCUUCUCCGUCCCAUUCGUCGGCACAGUCGUGUCCGGCGUCAUCAAAUCCGGCGUCGUCCACACCGGCGACACGAUCCUCAUCGGUCCAGACUCGCUAGGCCAAUUCACGACGACCAAAGUCCGCUCCAUUGAACGGAAACGCAUUCAAGUCCCCGGUGCUGCAGCGGGGCAGAGCGCGAGUCUGGCGCUGAGGAAUGUGCGCCGGAAAGACGUGCGGAAAGGCAUGGUCGUGCUACAUAAGCCGGAGAAUCCGGCGCUGAAUCCGAAGGUAUACCGCGAGUUUAUCGCUGAAGUGCUCAUUCUCUCUCACGCUACUACUAUUAAGACGAAGUACCAAGCUAUGCUGCAUGUCGGCCCCGUAAGCCAGACCUGCGCUAUUAUUGAUAUCGAUCGCAGCUAUAUCAGGACUGGAGACCGGGCGCAGGUCGCGUUCAGGUUUGUGCAGCGCCCGGAGUAUCUGGCGGUUGGGGAUCGGAUAUUAUUUAGGGAGGGGAGGACGAAAGGGCUAGGGAUUGUGAAGAGUUUGGGGUACGAUCCAACGAAGCCGCUGAAUCCGAAUGCGGAGCCGGGGACGAGGGAGGUAUGAGAGACGAUAUGAGGUGAGAAUACGAGGGAAAUCUAGGGAUGGAGGGAUGUAAUGAUAGUCGAUAACAUAUGAAAACUCAAAUACAUGAGAUGCUUUUACGAUAU